AUGGGAACCGCGGACCACGGCGCUCAGAUAGAGCCGCUGCUGCCUCCGGUCAAUUCUUCCCUGAGUUCAUCUGUCGGACGCAGAAGUUUGAGGAAUGAAGAUGAGGCUGUGGUGGACAGAGGAGGGACCCGCUCCCAGCAGGGAACCAACUUCGAGCAGGAGGAUCUGGAAGGUCAUCGGACUCUCUACAUCGGGGUCCACGUGCCCUUGGGCAGCACCAGGCACCGCAGCCAUCGCAGACACCGUCACCAUGGGAUGAAACACAAGCGGAGGGUCAGGGACCGGAGCCUCACUCUGGUGGAGGGCAGAGAGUCUCCCGUCUACGACACCCCCUCUCAGAGGGUGCAGUUCCUGCUGGGGACGGAGGACGAUGACGAGGAGCACCUUCCUCACGACCUCUUCACGGAGAUGGAUGAGAUCAGUGCGAAGGAUGGCGAGGACUCCGAGUGGAGGGAGAGCGCCAGGUGGCUCAAGUUUGAGGAGGAUGUGGAGGAUGGAGGAGAGCGAUGGAGCAAACCCUACGUGGCCACGCUCUCUCUGCACAGUCUGUUUGAACUGCGCAGCUGCAUCAUCAACAGCACUGUGCUGCUCGACAUGAGGGCCAACACCAUCGAGGAGAUCGCAGACAUGGUCUUAGACCACCAGGAGUUGUACUCGCCGCUGGGAGACGAGCUCAGACAGAAAGUGCGAGAAACUCUGCUCAAGCAGCACCACCACCAGAAACAGAAGAAGCUGGCCAACCGCCUGCCCAUCGUGCGCUCGUUCACAGACAUCAGCCGACGGACGUCCGAGCUAAACCUGGACAAAAACGGUCAGAUGACGUCCUCCCAGUUCCACUUGGCGAGUCCGGACGCCAAAGGAGACAUCAGUCGAGAGGGCAGCUCUGUGGACUUCAGCAAGAUCGACCUUCAUUUCAUGAAGAAGAUCCCCGCGGGAGCCGAAGCCUGUAACGUGUUGGUGGGCGAGCUGGAGUUCCUCAACAAGCCGGUGGUGGCGUUCGUCCGCCUUUCUCCCGCAGUCUUGCUCAACGGGAUGACUGAAGUCCCGAUCGCCACGAGGUUUCUGUUUAUCCUUUUAGGGCCCUUUGGCAGAGGCCCUCAGUAUCAUGAGAUUGGAAGAUCCAUUGCAACAUUAAUGACGGAUGAGGUUUUCCAUGAUGUUGCCUACAAAGCUAAAGACCGCAACGAUCUGAUUGCUGGAAUUGAUGAGUUUCUGGAUCAGGUGACGGUCCUGCCUCCAGGAGAGUGGGACCCGUCCAUCCGGAUAGAGCCACCAAAAAACGUACCGUCUCAGGAAAAAAGGAAGAAAAGUAACAUAUUAGCGAAUGGGCUGGUGGAAGGAGAGGAGGAAGAGGAGCACGGAGGCCAUGAAGGUCCAGAGCUGCAGCGGACUGGAAAGUGGUUCGGUGGUCUCAUCCUGGACAUCAAGCGGAAGCUCCCUCACUACCUGUCGGACUACUACGACGCUUUCAGCCUGCAGUGUGUCGCCUCUUUCUUAUUCCUCUACUGUGCCUGCAUGUCCCCCGUCAUCACCUUCGGAGGACUACUGGGCGAGGCAACAGAAGGACGCAUAAGUGCAAUUGAGUCCCUGUUUGGAGCCUCACUGACUGGAAUAGCCUAUUCCCUGUUCGCUGGGCAGCCCCUCACUAUUUUAGGAAGCACAGGACCGGUGCUCGUGUUUGAGAAGAUAUUAUUCAAAUUCUGCAAGGAGUAUGGCCUGUCCUAUCUGUCGCUGAGGACCUGCAUCGGCCUGUGGACGGCGCUGCUCUGCGUCAUCCUGGUGGCCACGGACGCCAGCUCCCUCGUCUGCUACAUCACGCGCUUCACGGAAGAGGCCUUCGCGUCGCUCAUCUGCAUCAUCUUCAUCUACGAGGCCUUGGAGAAGCUGAUCCACCUGGGAGACUACUUUCCCUUCAACAAGAACAACAACCUGGACAAACUCACCAUGUACUCAUGUUCGUGCGUUGAGCCUUCUGACCCCUCCAAUGGCACCCUGAAGUACUGGGAGCUCACCAACGUCACCGCUUCAGAGAUCUACUGGGAGGCGCUGGAGGUCAAGGACUGCAUCGAGAAGCGAGGGGAGUUCGUGGGCAGCGCCUGCGGCCCUAAAGGGCCGUACGUCCCCGACGUUCUCUUCUGGUGCGUCAUUCUCUUCUUCUCCACCGUCUUCAUGUCCGCCUUCCUCAAAGAGUUCAAGUUCAGCAAUUACUUCCCCACCAAGGUGAGAGCUGUCAUCAGUGACUUUGCUGUCUUCUUCACCAUCCUCACUAUGGUCUUGGUUGACUAUGCGUUGGGCAUCCCUUCCCCAAAACUCAAAGUUCCCAGUGUUUUCAAGCCGACCCGAGACGAUCGAGGCUGGUUCAUCAGCCCGCUGGGUCCGAACCCCUGGUGGACGGCCGUCAUCACCGUCGUCCCCGCUCUGCUCUGCACCAUCCUCAUCUUCAUGGACCAGCAGAUCACCGCCGUCAUCAUCAACAGGAAGGAGCACAAACUCAAGAAAGGCUGUGGCUACCACCUGGACCUGUUCAUGGUGGGGGUCAUGCUGGGCGUGUGCUCUCUGAUGGGCCUGCCCUGGUUCGUGGCGGCCACCGUCCUCUCCAUCACCCACGUCAACAGCCUGAAGCUGGAGUCGGAGUGCUCGGCCCCGGGGGAGCAGCCCAAGUUCCUGGGGAUCAGGGAGCAGCGCGUCACUGGCCUCAUGAUCUUCGUCCUCAUGGGCAGCUCCGUCUUCAUGACGUCGGUGCUGAAGUUUAUUCCGAUGCCCGUGCUGUACGGAGUGUUUCUUUACAUGGGAGCGUCUUCUCUGAGAGGCAUUCAGUUCUUCGACCGGCUGACUUUGUUUGGCAUGCCGGCCAAGCACCAGCCGGACUUCAUCUACUUGCGCCACGUUCCCCUGAGGAAGGUUCACCUCUUCACCAUCAUCCAGCUCAGCUGUCUGGUCCUGCUGUGGGUCAUCAAGACCUCCAGGGCCGCCAUUGUCUUUCCUAUGAUGGUGCUGGCUCUGGUGUUCAUCAGGAAACUAUUGGACUGCAUCUUCACCAAGCGAGAGCUGAGCUGGCUGGACGACCUCAUGCCGGAGAGCAAGAAGAAGAAGCUGGAGGACGCCGAGGAGGAGGAAGAGCAGAGCAUCCUGGCUGAAGAUGAGGGUGUCGUGCAAGUGCCAUUAGAAGGGUGCAAAGGAAUACCCAUCAUCAACAUCACAGACGAAAUGUCAAAAGCGUCUUUCGGAAACACCUGGAACAGUUAAAGACAACGAGAAAACAAAGUG